UUUACGCCAUCUUGUUUAUUUCCAUGACCCGUGCGAAAACGGAGUCCUAUCCGCCGUCCGUUUGGUUUCGGUGUAGUGACCCUUUAUUCAGUUUGUUGUUGGAUGGUUUCCCCUGUUUGGGGGGCUGACACCAGCAGACAUUGGGCGAAUAGCGAGCAAGCACGUCAAAGUGACAGUGUCUGGAAAGAAUACUCUGGCGACUGCGAAGGAACGUCUCAACACUUCAACCCGAUCUAAGAGAGCUCGACAGACAGUCGAACAACUAAAUAUGAACAACUCUGUUAUUAAUGACAAAGACGACAAUCCGGCAGAACCCGAGGAAAUGGAUACACAAGAAGAUGACAACCCGACACUGCCAGUUUCCCAACAGCAACAGCCUCCCCCAACAGAGGGGGGUGGGAGGGAGCGCUUGAUGAACGGGGGAGAUACAGUGGUGCCUCCCGUGGGGGGAGACGAGCCCAUGCCCCCCGCGGUGCCACGUGACCCCGCCAUGGCGGACGACCCCAUGGAGGAAGAAGACGAGGCCCGCUCCGAAGCCACCUUUCGCUUCACGGUGCCAAACUUCUCGAGACUGAAAGAGACGCUCUUGAGCCCUCCCACCUACGUACGCAACUUGCCCUGGAAAAUAAUGGUUAUGCCCCGCACGAACACGGGCAACGACCGGCAGCCGACCAAGAGUCUGGGCUUCUUCCUCCAAUGCAAUGGGGAAUCUGAAUCGUCAACCUGGUCAUGCAAUGCAGCAGCGGAGCUGAGGCUCAUCAGUCAAAAAGAAGGGGUCGAUAACUUCAUACGGAAAAUCCAGCACUUGUUUUACAGCAAGGAAAACGAUUGGGGUUUCAGCCACUUCAUGACAUGGAGCGAUGUGCUGGAUCCAGAGAAAGGGUACAUAUUAGAUGACACAAUCAUCCUGGAGGUCUGGGUGUGCGCAGAUGCACCGCACGGCGUCAGUUGGGACUCCAAGAAGCACACUGGCUAUGUGGGCCUCAAGAACCAGGGUGCUACCUGUUACAUGAACUCUCUUCUGCAGACACUGUUCUUUACAAACCAGCUCAGAAAGGCAGUCUACCAGAUGCCCACAGAAAGCGACGACUCUUCGAAAAGUGUGGCCCUCGCACUGCAGAGGGUGUUCUACGAACUGCAGUUUUCGGACAAGCCCGUAGGCACGAAAAAGUUGACCAAGUCCUUCGGGUGGGAGACGCUCGACUCGUUCAUGCAACACGAUGUUCAGGAGCUCUGCCGAGUGCUGCUGGACAAUAUGGAAAGCAAAAUGAAGGGCACCUGCGUGGAAGGCACCAUCCCUCGGCUCUUUGAAGGGAAGAUGAUAUCCUUCAUCAAGUGCAAGCACGUGGAGUACGCGUCUCGGCGGAUGGAGCCCUUCUACGACAUCCAGCUCAACGUGAAGGGCAAGAAGAACAUCCACGAGUCCUUCCAGGACUACUGCGCCACCGAGAGUCUAGACGGGGACAACAAGUACGACGCUGGAGAAUACGGGCUGCAGGAAGCGGAGAAGGGCAUAAUAUUUGCCUGCCUCCCGCCCGUGGUACACCUGCACCUCCUGCGCUUUCAGUACGAUCCCAUGACGGACAACAACAUCAAGAUCAACGACAGGUUUGAGUUUCCUGAAAAGUUAAACCUGAACGAGUUCCUACACGAACCUGAGGCCAGUCCGGCAACGUACACCCUCCAUGCCGUGCUAGUCCACAGUGGAGACAACCACGGAGGACACUACGUGGUCUUUAUCAACCCUAAGGGCGAUGGCAAGUGGUGCAAAUUUGAUGACGACGUAGUGUCUCGUUGCACGAAGCAGGAGGCAAUAGACCACAACUUCGGCGGCACAGAUGACGACGUUGCUGUCAGCAGGCACUGCACCAAUGCCUACAUGUUGGUCUACAUACGGGACAGUGCCAUACAGGAAGUCCUGCAGACAGUCCAGGAAAAUGACAUCCCAGAGCAGCUAGUCGAACGGCUUCAGGAAGAGAAGCGUCAGGAGGCGUUACGGCGCAAAGAACGCAACGAAGCCCACCUCUACAUGAGCGUCCAGGUCCUCACUGAGGACAACUUUGCAGGCCACCAGGGAAAUGAUCUCUAUGACAUGGAGAAGGCAAAUUACAGAACUUUUAAAGUGAAGAAGCUGGCAACAUUAAAAGAGCUGAUGGAGCUGAUGGCAGAGCAGAUGAAGUACCCCAUCCAGGGCAUCCGGCCAUGGUCCAUCACGUACAGGUCCAACCAGACCUUCCGACCGGCUGCUAUCGACCUCGAGAACGACAUGAACAAAUCUGUGAUCGACCUGUCCGAGAAUGCCAAUCCUUGGACCAUCUUCUUGGAAACGAUAGCGCCCGAUCAACCCGUGGACCGGCUACCGGACUUCGACAAAGAGACGGAUGUCCUCCUGUUCUUCAAGCUGUACGAUCCACGGUUAAAGCACAUUGCCUACUGUGGCCACACGUACAUGUCUAUCUCAGCCAAAGCAAACGAACUGGUCCCACUACUCAACAAGCGGGCGGGCUUUCCGUCUGACACGGAGUUAAUGUUGUACGAGGAAGUGAAGCCGAACAUCGUUGAACGAAUCGAAGACCUUGAUCUCCCCCUAGAGAGGGUCCUAGGGGAACUCAUGGAUGGAGAUAUAAUUGUUUUUCAGAAAGCAGAACUGAAUGUAGAUGUUUUUGACCUCCCCACUGUUAAGGAAUACUUCAGGGACCUCUUCUACAGGGUAGAAGUAACAUUCUGUGAUAAGUCCAUUCCCAACGAUCCGGGCAUAACUGUCGAGCUCUCACUGAAAAUGAACUACGACCAGAUUGCCAACGCUGUUUCGCAGAGGCUAGGCACUGACCCCUAUUUAUUACAGUUUUUUAAGGUUCAGAGUUACCGAGAGGGUCCAGGUAACCCACUGAGAUGUACAUAUGAAGGCACCCUGAAGGACCUGCUAGUGUAUUUUAAGCCCAGGCAACCCAAAAAAAUCUACUACCAACAGCUCAGUAUACCAAUCAAUGAACUGGAGGACAAGAAGCAGUUCAAGUGUGUUUGGGUCAAUAGCAAAUUAAAGGAAGAGAAAGAGCUAGUCCUGUACCCCAACAAGACUGGUUGCGUCAAAGACCUCUUGGAGGAGGCCAAGAAACAGGUGGAACUUGCAGAAGAUGGCACAGGAAAACUCAGGUUGAUGGAGGUGAUCAGUUACAAGAUCUUCACAAUCCAAAGAGAGGAGGUGGCACUAGACAGCCUCAACCAGGCCAACUCUAAGACCUACCGCAUCGAGGAGAUUCCGCGGGAAGACCUUGUCGUCUCCGAUGACGAGCUCAUCGUUCCCUGUGCACACUUUCAGAAGGAGAUCUUCUCAACAUUUGGCGUUCCGUUCCUACUCAAGAUCAAGCACCGAGAACCUUUCUCCAAAGUUAAGGACAGGAUCCAGAGAAAGUUGGACGUUCCCGAAAAGGAGUUUGAAAAGUACAAGUUUGCCAUUGUGGUGAUGGGCAGGGCGCAGUUCAUCGAAGACAAUGAAUACAUAGUCAACUUACCAGACUUCACAACACAACAGCCACAGGGAGCAGCGAUGCACCCUCGGCCGUGGCUAGGCAUCGAACACGUCAACAAGGCGCCCAAGCGCUCCCGCUACACCUACCUGGAGAAGGCCAUAAAAAUUCACAACUGAAGUUGCUCACGUUGCUGUUCAGGCACGUCAACGAAAGCGACGACGAAGACAGCUCCUAUCACACGACACGCAAGCAAGACGACGACGACGACCAACGUGUGCACCUCCCAUGACCUCCCGUUCCCCCCCCGUGGCUGCCACUGCCUAGUUUUACGUUGUUCUCCCGUUUUUUGCCAGCGACACAAGAGGAGGGGUUCCGAAACAAAAACAAAAAAACUUCGCCGCCAAAUUGUAACACUCGUCGAGGUCACGCCAGGGCUUGCCUGCCGCCGUGUCAUCGACCCCCUCGUAUAGAGCUUCUUCCCCUUCCCUAUUUGUAGGUACGUAUUUGGUGGCCUUGCUUCGUGUUCGACGUCGUUCCCGGCAACGCCAGCGGACCUUUUUUUGAACGAAAGGAGCGUCUGCCGAGGAAACGAGAGACGUCCCAGCGGAACGGUUUGCGGCGGAGGACGAGACAACGGUGUUGAGCAUUUUUUUUUUUUUCUUCUCUCGUGUGAAAAGAGUGCGACGUGUGCGGACGUGUGAGUUAUGUGCGACGCGCACCUUGCUGCAGUGGUGUGGAGUUGUCUUUCUUCCUUUGUCCCGCUUUUUUGAAGGACCACUCCGACGGAAGCAGUUUUUCUUCCCCCUUCCCCCCCCCCCCCACAGAGGACGGACACGAAGGAAGCCAUGUGCAUUUUUUUUACAAUCGUAGCACUCACCUCGGCCCAUUUUUUAAAUAUUAGCUGUGAGUUUGUAGGAAUUAAAAACGAGUGAUUAUAACGGUUUAAAGAGGAACAUGCUUGCUUGCUACUAAGGUUUGGGUGGGCCGUACUACCAGUUUUUUUUUUUUAUGGUAGAUUUUAAGCCUUUUUGCAUUUCUUUCGGAAGCUUCAAAAAAGUGUCCUAGAUCGGUGACUCGUUGAGCAUGCAGGGCUGCUGAUUACCCAUGGCAGCAGAAUAUUUGUUUUCACUCCCCCCCAGCAGUAUGUUUUUCCUUCUCUUCCUGCACGAACUCUGCAGUUUUGCCGAAAUUGUGUGAGCUAGCAACGUUGUGUAUAGAAAGCAGGGCACGUAUGUCAGACGUGCAGAAUAAAGGAACGAAUGAAUUUUAAUUUAGAACGCGAUGUGGAUAUGAGAGUUUUGAAAAAUAAAAGCGUGACAGGUU